UGACCCCGUAUCUUUUUAUUUUAGCAGAGGAGUUGUUGACCAGAAUGUUGAAGAAUGCAUUUGAAAAUGGAAAGCUUGGAUACAUGAUUCAACCUGUUGGUGAAACAAAAAUGCCAUAUGGAAGGAAACAAAAUUUGCUAUGACUAACGGGUUUAGCCAUGAGUUCCUUUCCAUGUUCGUAUUUGGGUGCUCCUAUUUCCCCUGGCCGAGUAAGCUAUCGUGAUUUCGAGCCUCUGAUUACAAAUAUUAGGAAAAAGAUGGACGGUUGGAAAGGAGCACUAUUAUCUGCAGAAAGAAAACUCAUUCUUGUUCGACAUGUGCUGUCAAGCAUGCCCAUCCAUCUUAUGAUGGUGAUAGCAGUCCUUAAAAAGGUAAUUCAUCAGCCGAACGUGCUGUUGUCUAAUUUCUUAUGUGGUCAAGGAGAGUUUGGCCCAAAGAAACAUUGGGUUGCUUGGAAAAAAAUAGCAAGGCCUACUGGAGAAGGGGGGGAUCGGUGUGUGAGAUUUCUCAGAGGUACAACAAGCUCUUCAUGUUAAGUUGGCUUGUAAUUAUUGUUUUGGGACUUCCUUGUGGGCUAAAUUUAUGAGAAAUAAGUAUGCCACUCAAACUAUCUGGGAGACAUCCAGAAAAACUAGCUCAAAACAAUGGAGUAUUAUUUCCAAAUGUUAAUCGGUUAUCAAAGAGCAUUCCUGUUGGCGGAUUAAAAAGGGCGACGAGAGUUUUUGGUUCGAUAAAUGGUCCAAAUCAGUUUCAUUAUCUGAGCUUCAUCCUAACUUCAGCAAUUCACAUUUAAGAGUGAAUGAUGUAUUAAUAGAGACUGGUUGGAAAGAACAGGAGCUCAUUAAUUUGGUGGGCUAAACACAAGCAAUGGAGCUCAUGUCUAAAAUCUCAAAACUCAAACCUGGGGAAGACUCAAUUUUAUGGUGCCCAGACUCAAAAGGCAGUUUUCCAUACAAAAGUGCAUGGGAUGUGAUACGUGAUAAGGGGGGUAUGCAGAACUUCUUUGAUUGGGUAUGGCAUCCACUUAUUCCAAAGAAAGUAUCCUUUAUGAUAUGGAAAGGGCUGCACAAGGCUUUGAGUGUGGAUUUACGUAUUAAAGAGGUUGGUAUAAACUUAGCAUCAAAAUGCAACUGUUGUGAAUCACCCUCUCAAGAAUCGGAAGAACACAUCCUGAGUACGGGGGAUUUUGUAGAUAGUUUAUGGAGGAAAUUUGAUUCUGGGCUUACAACAUCAGGUGGGUCUCUCAUGGAGAAUCAGAUUGGAAAACUGGUGUAGACGA